AUGGUUCGGGAGUUGAAGCUCGAUGCCGAGUCCAGCAAGGAGGGCGACAACGCCACAGGAACACAGCCUGUGCAAUCUACAACGGUGCACACGCUCCUCGGGCGCAUAAAGGCAUGCCAGAUGGCGGCGAGAGUGGAGGCGACGCUAUACCGGGAGACGGAGCUGAGCAUCAUGCGUGAGAUAUCGGUGGUCAGGUCGGAGGUGCGGUUCAUGAUACGCACCAAGAACGAGCGGGACAUCAAGGUGCUGCCGACGUGGGCGGCCAAGGCGUGGAACCCGCGGGGUACGGGCCCUUCACAGACGUUGUGGAGGUUUCUGCUCUUGAAGGUGCCCACGCUACUCUCCCACCACUCUCUCCUGCGCGGUCAAAGCAUCCGCAAGAUCACGCUCCCCGACAUAUUCUUGUACCGACUGGCGAGCACCUCGUCGGUGAACCCGGAGAACCAGCCGGUCGUCAUGGUCAUCGCUGCGCGGAACUCGAAGACGUCCAAGGAUGCGCGUCUGCAGCAGAGCUACGCUGCGCGGCACCUCGAAGCGGAGUUGUGCGCCGUCGGCGAGACGGGCCUGUGGUUGCACUUCAUCCUCGACCAGAUCGGCCAGUUUCACAGCGUUCGCCUCAUUCCGCCGGUGGACACCAGCACACGCGCGAGCUGGUACAAGAAGCACCUCUUCUUCGCCAAAAACGACACCGACCAAGGGGAGCUCUCCGCGGCAAGCCACCAACGCUGGACGCGGCAGUUGUGGGACAAGAACGGGGUGUUCUGCAAGAGGAACGUGCACGCCGCUCGAGCGGGAGGGGCCCAGGAGCUGGCCAUCGACGGCACGCCGCGCGCCGAGAUCGCGGAGCUGGGUCACUGGGCGCUCGACAAGAUGACGCGAGCGUACAUCACCGCCAUUCCGGUGGGGGUGGUGAUGAAGAAGGCCGGUUACUCUGGUUACAAGCAGGACUACUUCUUGGGUCGGAGCAGGGUGAAGCCCUCCGAGAAGCUCCUGAAGCUCCUUGCCGAGCACAUCUUCCCCGGCGUCGACGACAUGCUGAAGAUGGCGGAAGGGAAGGCUGCCAAUGGGUCCGACGCCGACAAAGCCGCGGUGCACUUCUGGCGCACACUCCAGAUGCUGCGCCGCAUCGUCGCCGAGGACCUAGCGGUGAAGCUGGCGAAGCUGACGAAGGAGAUGGAGCGCGCCGCGAACGAGAAGAUUGACUUCCUGGAGGAGCUCGAGAAGCGCGAUGACACCAUCGCGUCUCUCACCGCUGAGAUAACCCGUCUCACCGAGGCACUCCAUGUGUCAGAAGCACGGAGAGUGCCGGAGGCCCCGCCGUCGGCUACCGCGCAAGCUCCAAAUGAGGAGGCUAGUUACGAGCUCAACGUGGUACAACUGUGGCGGGAGGCCAAGACCGUGAGGGACGCCUGGCGCCUCUGGAACUCUGCCACUGCCACUGACACCUGUCGGCUUUGCGACAGGUUCGGCGAGCCGGGCUUCGUCGACCGCCACACCCUCCUGUUAGGCGCGACGCAGGGUGCACUCAACAUGAGGGUGCGCCACAUGCUGAGGGUCAUGGAUGCGGUGCGCCAGCUACGCGCGAGCGACGGCGACGCCGACACCGAGGCCGUGGUCGAUGCACUGCACAGGAUCGCGGCACCGGGCAUCGGGACCUUUGCCGAUGCCCUCACGGUGCUCAAACCGGGAACGGCACCGAUGUUGUCCAAGGAGCCUGGCAUGGGAGUCAAGGGGCUGGGCCCCAAGGUGGUCUCGAAGCUACGCCUCGCCUGUGAGCUUGUGGCGCUCAACCUGAAGCCGACAGUUUGGGUCGAAACCCUGUUUCCAGACACCUGGGUGGAGCAGAUGCCGAAGACCAAGGCCGACCUGGCGAAGCCGACCGCACCUACCAAGUCGACCGCACCGGCCAAGCCGACCGCACCGGUGCACCGUCCUCCGACCAAGCGCAAGAAGUCGGCAUAA